UGCUGUUGCAGUAGCGACGUUUUGUUUAUCAAAUACAGUCAAAUCUAUGACUUGGCUUUUUUGCACAGUUUAUAUAUUUACUCACAAUGAAGUGAACGCUUAUGGCGAGCUAAAUGCCGUCCACGAAAAAACAUAACAAACGAUAAGCUUUUAGAAAUACAAUAGGCAGUUGUGUGAACUUGAGUGGAACAGUGAAAAAAGCAGAAUAACAAAAUUGAACAUUAAAAACUAAUGAUACAAUAACAAAGUAGUAGUGAAUUAUUGCAUUUGAAAAAUACUACACAAAUGAUUGAAUACUUGAACGAUGACUGCUUAAGCGAGAUAUUCCGAUAUCUAAACGUCAAAGAACAGCUGAUGCUGACAGCUAUCAAUGAACGCUUUCGCAGUAUAAUCGUUGAACGCUUUUGGCGCCUUAAAUUCAACAAAUUCACCACCAAAGGCGAUACGAGUUGUGAUGAACUCAACUUAACGGAAUUUCAAAUAUUCUACCACCUAAUAGCGCCACACAUAAGUGAACUAACCGUGCACAGUACAGCGAAUGUGGCAUUCACCAGCUACUUGGGACGCUACACCAAACGACCAGAUCUCGCUUUUUACUUUCAUUUCAAGUAUCCAUCUUUGCGCGUGCUGCGCUGUUACGACGAACAGUUUCAUGCUGGCUAUUUAGCGACUUUGAUACGCAAGUGUCCACAAUUGGAGGUGCUCAAGUUGGUCAGUUCAUAUGUGACGGGUGAACAUUUGGCAGGCUUGCGACAACUGCGUGAACUCUAUGUGACCAGCAGUAAAUUGGAACCCAGAUAUUUUGCUGACAUUUUCGACAAUACGAAAUUGACACGCGUGCAUUUGACUGGCGAGGCAACAAAUAGACAGGACAUGAAUGUUGUGCUUAAGACGAUUUUGCCAAAAAUAACGGAGUUACGUUACUACGAUGAGGAGGAGCACUUGACAACAAAAGAUUUCUUUGCGAGUUCAGCGCAAUUAUUUCGAAAUUUAGAAAUAUUAUAUUGUAAAUAUCUCAUGAACUUCGUCUACUCGCUACAAACGCUACGAGAGCUGCAUUUCGAAAGUCAUGUGCAGCUUGACGAUUUAUUUGUAUUAGUCACCAACAACAUACACUUGGAGCAUCUCUAUCUGGGGCUGAAUUUGAGCGUGCUCUCAAAGUCGCGUGAAUGGAUUUGUGAACUAUCCGAUGUGGUGCGUGGGCAGCCCCAACGCAAGCGAGUAUUCACCAUACACUUGGACUUGGUGCAGAGGUCCGUGCAGCAACUGCAACAGGUGCUGGAGGCUCACGAUUCACGACAUGGCUUUCUCAAACCCGCUAUAAAGAUACGAAAAUUGCCCAUCGAUGCGUCCCAAUUUCCGAUUUUGAUUAGUAAAACCGGCAUUGAAUUUGCGUUUAAAUCGAAUUGAUUUACAUUUAAGGCUGCAGAAGAUGUUUGCUUUUAAAAUAAAUGGUUAAGAAAGUUUUUUUGAAAAAAGUGAUGCGCAAAAACAAAUGUUAAUAAUGUUUCUUUUAACCUUCAAUCAACUUUAAAAUGUAACUUUCUUUGACGUAGUUUUCUACAUCACCUGUUAUUUGUAUAGAUUUAAAUGAAUUAAACGAUUUUUUGUGUUGAAUUUCUUAUUAUUUUUAUAUA